GUGAUGGGAAGUGGUGUUCUUUGGUGGGGCAGCUUGUCUGUCAGACUGGUGUCUGUCUGCUUGCUGUGGGCAUCGCUUGGAAAGCCGUGUCAGAUCCGAAAUGAGGUGGCUGACUGCAGUCACCUCAAGCUGACUCAAAUCCCCUCUGAUCUCCCGACCAACAUAACGGGUUUGGACAUUUCUCAUAAUCAGCUAAAACAGCUAAAUCCUGCAAACCUGAGCAGGUACGGGCAGCUGGUUUACUUGAACACAGGGUACAACACCAUCUCCAAGCUGCAACCAGAACUGUGCCAAAAUGUGCCCCUGUUGCGGAUUCUGAAGUUGGAACACAAUGAACUCUCUAAGCUCCCCGACAGACUCUUCGCUUCCUGCACCAACCUGACUGAGCUCAACCUGGGGCACAACAAAAUACGUAUAAAAAAUGAUCCUUUCAAAACCUUGGAGAACUUGAAUAUUUUGGACCUAUCUCAUAAUUCUUUGAAGUCAGCAAAUUUGGGAUUGCAGCAACAGUUGAAGAACCUUCGUGAGCUCAUGUUGAAUGGCAAUCAAAUCACUGAGUUAAAAAAGGAAGACUUCAGUUUUCUCAGCAACACCUCACUGAAUAAUCUUGAUUUGUCAUCAAAUCCACUGGAAGAGUUUCACGUGGGAUGCUUACAGGCAAUUGGAAAUCUGUUUGGCCUCACGCUGAACAAUGUUGAACUUGGUGAAAAUCGCACGAAGCAGCUUUGUACAGAAUUAUCAAACACAGCGAUUCAGAACCUCUCCCUGAGCCGCGUGAAGCUUUCACACAUCAGCGUGUCAACUUUCCAGGGACUGCAAGGAACAAAUCUUACCAUUUUAAACCUUUCCCAAAAUUCUCUGUCUUCAAUAGAGGAUCGCUCAUUUCAGUGGCUUUCAAAUUUACAAUAUUUAAAUCUGAAAAAUACUAACAUUCAUUUAUCUUCACAUUUAUUUUAUGGAUUAUCCAGCCUCAAACAUCUGACUCUGAUAAAUUCGGUUACUGGGAAAGUUGAAGAUUUUUCCUUUCGUUGGCUAGACAAACUGGAAUACCUUAUAAUGGAUAAUAGCAAUUUUCCAGGAAUUACUGCCAAUACGUUCACAGGACUGAACAACCUGAAAUACCUGAGUCUCUCUAACUGCAACAUAAACUUACAAAGAAUAACUAAUAAAACAUUUUCGUCACUUGCUAAUUCCAGUUUGCAAGUUCUCAACCUCACAAAAACAAGAAUCUCUACAAUAGGAGGUGGGGCGUUUUCCUCCUUGGGACAACUGAAAAUUCUUGAUCUUGGUCUCAAUGAAAUCAAUCAAGAGCUCACAGGUCAUGAAUUUAAAGGUCUCAAUAAUGUAGAAGAUAUUUAUCUUUCCUAUAAUAAAAACCUGACUUUGCAAAGUGAAUCCUUCAUUUUUGUCCCAAGUCUUAGAAAACUGAUGCUGAGGAAGGUAGGUUGCAGUAAUCUGGCAGUUUCUCCUUCGCCUUUUCGUUGUCUACAAAAUCUGACCAUCCUGGACAUCAGCAAUAACAACAUAGCAAACAUAAAAGAAGACUUGUUUGAUGGACUUCACAAACUUGACAUUCUGGAUUUGCAGCACAAUAAUUUAGCGCGACUUUGGAAACAGGCAAAUCCAGGUGGCCCUGUUCUUUUUUUAAAAAAUCUUCGCAACUUGCGUAUUCUUAAUUUAAAAUCAAAUGGGCUUGAUGAGAUUCCAGUUCAGGCUUUCAAGGGUCUGUCUCAAUUAAAAAGCCUGGAUUUAGGAUCGAAUAAUUUGAAUUUGCUCCCGGCCACCCUUUUUGAUGACCAAGUCUCUCUGAACUCAUUGAACCUGCAGAAAAAUCUGAUAACCUCAGUGGAAGAAACGGUGUUUGGCUCCGCUUUCAAGAGCUUGAGAGUACUUUGGAUGGAUUCCAAUCCUUUCGAUUGCACCUGUGAAAGCAUCGCUUGGUUUGCGGAUUGGCUCAAUGUGACCCAAGCAUAUGUACCCGAAUUGAGGUCCCGGUACAUUUGCAACACCCCACCUAAAUAUCACGGUAGUCUGGUGCUGCAUUUUGAUAGCUCGACCUGCAAAGAUAGCGCUCCAUUUAAACUUCUGUUCAUGAUCACUAGCACUGUUGUCAUGCUAGUAAUAUUUACUGUCCUUACCAUCCAGUUUGAAGGGUGGAGAAUAGCUUUCUACUGGAAUAUUUUAGUAAAUCGAAUACUUGGUUUUAAAGAACUUGACAGACAACAGGAGGAGUUUGAUUUUGAUGCCUAUGUUAUUCAUGCAAGACAGGACAGGGAUUGGGUGUUUACGAAUUUAAAGUCUCUGGAAGAAAAUAAGUACUUUCAAAUUAAGUUUUGUUUAGAAGAACGGGACUUCGAAGCGGGCAUAUCUGAAUUCGAAGCCACAGCUAACAGUAUAAAAAAGAGCAGGAAGAUUAUUUUUGUUGUGACUGAACACCUCUUGCAGGAUCCCUGGUGCAAAAAGUUUAAGGUGUAUUAUGCUCGUCAGCAAGCUAUUGAGCAAAGUCGGGACUCCAUCAUAUUGAUCUUUCUUCACGAUAUCCAGGAUUACAAGUUGUAUCAUGCACUUCAGAUGAGAAGAGGAAUGUUCAGAUCUCGCUGCAUCUUGAACUGGCCAGCCCAGGAAGAACGAGUCAGUGCAUUUCAUCAGCAAUUAGUGAUGGCACUUAAAUCUAAUAGUAGAGCGCAAUGAAGUUUUAAAGUACAGAUUUGAAUUAAAGGGUCAUUUUAUUGCCUGCUUUCUAUCAUUGAAGCACUAAGAAGCCCUCAGAAAGACUUGAAAAAAGUUUGUCAUGCUGGAAAGAUAUGUAAGAGUCACUAUAAUUUAGAUUUACAUGUCUGUAUUCAUGUUUUUGCCAAUAUUUUAAUUUACCUGCACUGAAGUGACACAUUAAAAUGGAUCUCAGUUGAUAGUCAUUUCAGUCUGUGUAUCAAAGAUGUGGUAGAAAUUCUGAAAAGCAGUGAGAAUGACUGAUGUCCUAGAAAAAAAGGCCAUCUGAUGUAGUGCAGAAAAGGCACAGACUCUCAACUUCAAGGGGAUACGCACAAGAGAAUGCAAUAAUGAUAAAAUAGCAAAUUACUCUGUGUAGAAGAUAGAGUGGAUACCACUGCUUGCUUUCAUAACACAAGGGGAGAUUCAGCGAAACUAAAACUGGAAAGCUUUCCACGUGAAGCACAGUAAAUAACAUGGACAAUUAUUUCUGUAGUUGAAACCAAGAAACAUAGCAGAAUUUCUAAGUGAGAUUUAAAACUUUUAUUUUAAGACAAAGCCACAGGAAGAAACUUGACCCUAUGGGCAGCCUGUUCAGAACAUGCAGUGAGGGGUUGCUUAUGCCUUCUGGGUGGGACUAGUACUGGUGACUAUCAAAAACAGAUUUUCAGACUGUCAGUCUGGAAAAAAAUCUGAAAAAAAUUUCAGAUUUUCAGUUUAAUGAUUUAAUCAGUUGAGUGAGUAAAAAAAAAUAUGGUGUUUUUUUACUCUUCUCUACUGAAAUUCAUAGAGCUGGAAGAAGGACAUUUUCAAAGUACAGGCUUGAAUUAUGGGGUAAUUUUAUUGCAUAUUUAUUAAUG